UGUGGCCAACAUGUCAUCGGUGGAGGCGUACGUGCUGCGCAUAAAGCCAGCCAUUGACGUCUUCCUAAAGGAUCCGACUAAAACGAAUCUGGCGCAAGUGGAGCAAGAAGUGAAAGAAUUUGACUUUGGACAAAUGAGCAUAUUUGUUGUUCAAAUUGUUGUGCCGCUUGUGACUAAACUAAAUGAAAUUUCCGGCGAGAGUCAGGAGCUGCGCACCAGCUUGCUGGACUGCCUGCGGCACAUUAUUGCCAAGCUGUUUCUGACGAAUGAAAAGGGAUUGCGCACCAUUCUGGCGGUGGUGUUGCAGCAGAUACGUGAUCCCAUGGCCGCUGUGAUGCGAUCCGAUCUCUCCGAGGAGAUCAAGUUGGCGGUGGUACUUUGCAUUACAACAGCACUGAAACGCUCCACGAGCGAUGUGCUCGAAUCAUUUUAUACUCAGGAAAACGAUGUAAUCAUUGGUCAAAUACUGCUUACACUGAUGGAGCUCAUCUCAAGAGAAGUGUACCGCACAUUGGUCAGUGCAUCGUUGGAGUGCCUAAUGGUUGUUUUCUACGUGCAGGACGAAGCAGAUGCAGCCGAUGUUGUGCUACGUAAUCAGGUGGCAAAUACGUUAUUCAUAUAUUUGCCCAAAAUCGUCACUGUGCUGUUCAAAACAUCAUUGGCGGACGAUAAGAUUGGUGAAACCAUCAAAUCGAUGAGCAUCAAAGCACUGGGUCGCAUCAUUUGCAUUAUGUUCGAGGAAACGACAGAUGAGUUUCAUAAAAUACGCUACGACUCAAAUGCAUUCCGUUCGCUCCUGACCACUGUUGACAAGGAAAACGAGGGCAUGGGCCUGCUGAACGACACAAACAUGUUUGCCAGCAAGCGCUUCAGUCUUCAGCAAAACGAGGAGCGCCUCAGGCAGCUAAAAUCUGGACUACGGUCCGACCAGUGGGUGACAGCCACAUCGCGACAUAUGCGUCCCAUAUACGUGGAGACGAGCAUUCUGCGCGCCCACAAUUCAGUCACAGUGCGCAAAAGAUACGCGGAAAUGUGUUGUCUUCUGCUCAAAAGUUGCGCGCAUAGUCUAAAGGGCAACUUCAUACAUUUGCUGGAGAGCGUGUUGGCCUUGUCCGAGGAUGAGGAGCCGGAUAUUGCGAAAUUGUGCCACAUGACGUUAGCCGAUCUGCAACAGAGGCCCAGUAUGGUCAGCAUCUUUAACGAGAAUGCGGAAUUACUGCUCGAUGCGCAUCUCAACAGAUGGCCGGGUGUUCUGCAUCGCUGUGAUGAGAGCGAACAGUUCAGUGCGCUGCUCUUCUUCAAGGGAUUUUUGCGAAAUCUUAGCGCUGAUAAGUUGAAACAGCUGCUGGUGGUACCCAUAGACCUGGAGCUGUUCGUCACGUGUAUGCUGAUGGCGCUCAAUACUCGCACAUCGCGGCACCUACUCAAUGAAGAUUAUUCAUUGCGGCGUCUACAGGAGGGCAGUGCCAAGGAAUUGGCUGCGCAAUGCUCCAACUUGUCGUGGCGCCAGUUUGAGUAUCUCAGUUCUAAGCGCUGUGUGAAAGCUCUUUACGAUGUUGCCGCAAUCUUGGGCGCUAAGCCAUCUUUAAAUCGUAUACUAUUCCACUAUUGCCAGGAGCUGAUCGAACAACGCACCUCUCACAUGAAUGAAGCGAUUUUGUUUCUUACGCUUAUGAUUACGCCGCAGCAGAAAGAUGGACGGGAAAGCCGUUUAAUGUUGGCCGAAUUCUUUUUACAUGAACUGCUCAAUGAUGAACACUGGCACUUGGCACUACAGCCGGAUGCAGCUUGGCGUCUCAAGGUUGAAAAGCCCACGUCUUGGUUUGCGGAUCACACACCAGGUAUCUAUUCAUCUGCCAUAGAAGUUCGCACGCAGGAUUGCGACUCGGAUGAUGAAGUCGAUGCGGACGAAUCGGUUAAUAGUCGCGUGAGGAUUAUUGAUGCACAGCUCAAUGUGCUGCACACGUGCCUAGUUUUGGACGCUGUUGGACAUUGUGCCAAAUUCAUUGGCGACACUUUCGAUCGGUACAUAUUUCGCAGCCUACACAAAGUAUUACUCAAGUUAGCUAGCAGUAAUACGAUGGUACAUCAGGCAGCUACAUUUGCGUUCGUCUCCAUGCAGCUGGCCUUGAAAUAUGCAGCACCUGCACACUUCAUCGAAUGCUCCACCGACUACCUCAGCUUUCAUCUUACCUCAUUGCUUAAGAAGUCACCUGGGAGCAGUGCUGCCGUUGACAUUCUCACAGUUGUGCUGCAGUACAGAACGCGUGGCAGUGUGCCCCAACUAAGCAGUAUUUACGAAUCCAUAUGCGAGGAGAGUGCCAAGAUGCAUCAGUCGGACAAUAUACAUUCAUAUCUGCGGGUAUUCAAUGUAUUUCUGAGCCAUUUGGCAACUUGGCAAAGUGACACAGCGUCGCAGAUCGCCGACAUUCAAAUGCAUGCGGAUGAGGAGUCGAACAUUUUAAGCAAUUGGCUUAAUGUGCUCAACAAGCAGAUAACUGACGAUUCGGUUGAGUUAAAUAGUGCACCUACCGAUGAUCCAGACAUAACUAUGUCCCCAGCAGAAGCUGAGGAUCCUUCAACGGAGCAGCCUGCAAGCACCAUUCUGCCGCGACACAUUGAAAUGACCAAGAAAAUUUUAGAGCAGACCAUCAAGUUUGUUUCAAGUUCCGAACAAAGUCAGCAAAUCCCUGCACUGGAAUGCCUGGCCACUGGUAUACCACUGUUGUCAGACUAUGAGAACGAGCUGCUGCCGUUGGUGCAUCUGGUGUGGCAGCCGCUUGUCGAAAAGUUUCGCCAGAAGGACUCGCUUGUGCUAAGCCGUUGUUUCAGUUUACUGCAUAUUCUCGCACUGCAUGCAAAGGAAUUCAUCCUAAAACGUAGCCUCAGCGAUGUGAUACCCCAGGUGCAACAGUUUCUUAUGGCAGCCAGUAAGCACAGCUGCGUGGAAGUCUCACAGGCCCAGGAGUACAAACUGCAGCUGAAGCUACUGCAGCAACUGGCGUCUCUCAUACGCAGCCUGCAGUUAGAGGGGAAACAUCUGCACGAUUUACUUAACAUUGCAGCAUUGUAUUUAUCUCAGAAGCAGCCGAAAGAGAUGCAGGUGCUGGCCGUCCACCUCUUUGAGAAUCUAGCUUCGUAUAACGGACCAUUCGUGUAUGUGACGCUGCUGCAACGUGCCCAUCUCAAGGAUUAUAAAUCCAAUGUGGAUGAGCUUUUUCGCAGCGUAGGUUUUACGAUAUCAUCUAAAAUCAAUGUUGAUUAAUAAAAUUGAAUUUUGAUUAUUUAA